AUGACCGAAUCUACUUCCCCUGCUCAGAAACUACGCGGCCUCCUGGCUGACGAGUCUAACAUCGUCAUUGGGCCUGGUAUCUACGAUGGCUUUACCGCACGGAUUGCGCUCGCUGCCGGCUUUAGCUGCCUCUACAUGACUGGCGCUGGCACUACCAUGUCUCGCCUGGGCAUGCCGGAUCUUGGUAUUGCUACCCUCAACGACAUGCGUGACAACGCCAGCAUGAUUGCCUCGCUGGACCGCUCUAUCCCUGUCAUUGCUGAUAUGGACACUGGCUACGGCGGGGCCCUCAUGGUCGGCCGUGCCGUCGAGCAGUACAUUGAUGCCGGUGUGGCGGCCUUCCAUAUCGAAGACCAGGUGGUGACCAAGCGAUGCGGCCAUCUGCGUGGCAAAGAGCUCGUCGAUGAAGACGAGUGGUGUACGCGGAUCCGGGCGUGUGUGAAUGCCCGUACAAAGUCAGGACGUGAUAUUGUCAUCAUUGCGAGGACGGAUUCCCUCCAGGGCUCUGGGUAUGACGCGGCGCUCAAGAGGCUGCGCCUUGCCUUGGAUCUUGGCGCCGAUGUUGCGUUCCUCGAGGGCAUCGAGACAAAAGAGCAGGGAAGACAGAUUUGCAAGGAUCUUGCGCCGAAGCCUGUUCUUUUGAACAUGGUGCAAGGAGGAGUCACGCCGCAUUAUACAGCUGCGGAGGCCAAAGAGGAUGGCUUCCGCAUGGUGAUUUACCCAGGGCUGGCGCUGGGGCCGGUGUAUAAGGGCGUUGCGGAGGCUUGUGAGAAGUUGAGGAAGACAGGAGAUGUAGAAAAAGCAGAGGGAGCAACCGUACGCGAUGUAUUUGGUAUUUGUGGUCUGAAGGAGGCAAUUGAAUUUGAUGUGGCGGCCGGCGGCAAGCUGUAUAAGAGUGGUGUUUAA